UUCUGUAACGUUACCGCUCUGUGCCAACCUUAACUUUACAUGCGCGUCACUUUCAACCACAAAUUUAACGUAAAGCUAACGUCGGAGAUAGCCCUGCAGAUUAUUUUCAAUGGGGACUAUGGAAGAAACCGUUUCCUAUGAAUAGAGGAUUAGCAUUUGCAGAGGUAGUCAAUCAGCAGUGAAUUGGAUUGCAUUGCAUCGAGAGGACAAAAAGAGCAUGACAGACAAACCUAAGGUUCAUGUGUUUCUCGGUGCACCAUGCUCUUCUCUGAGUGCAUCAGCUAGAGAUGCUCAUGAAGACUCUAGUGAUGAAUGGAAAACCCUGGAACUGUCCUGGGAUCAGGGCCAGUUAAGGCCUCGGACCAAUGAUAGAGGGGUACAGGUUAACCCUGAUUCAGUGCAGGCAAAUAUCUCAUCAGGGCAGGUGAAUAUAGAUGUCAGCAAGGGUCAUUUUGAAUUGGCGACAACAUCUGAGGGGCAUUCAUUGCCAUUGUUUGAAGAAGAUGGAGAAAAUGUGGUCACUGCCAACCCUUCCCCACCUGUCCCACUAAGCCAGCGUUCUCAGAAAAAAAAUCUAUCACAGAAUGAUGAUGACCUUUGUUCAGAAUCACUCCAAGGCUACCUAGACAGCUGCUUUCCACUUGCUCAGCCUCUCACGGUGUCCGAAUGCCAACCGGCCUGCUCUGACAUUAUGUCUGUGGAGACUCUGUACCUCAGUGUGUGGACAAAGAGCCAAGCCCUUCUCAUGAAAAGGACAUCAGGGCCUCCUCCAGAACCAGCGCCUACAGGAAUGGGUUCCCCACACACGCCACUGACCCAGCAGCAGACUCCAGUGAUCUCCAGGACCUCGCCAGAGCUGUACAGCCCCCACUCCAGCCCAGGCAGCAGCAGCCGGGCAGUGGGAGGAACCCUGCAACCCUCUUUGGACAGAUUCUCCGAGAUUCUGCUGAGUCAGAGGCAGCAGGAAGGGGGUUUGACGCUGGAGAGGACGCCAGAUGGGCUGCUUUGCACUCAGGGAAUCUCUGCAGCAGUGGCAGCUCCAGCUCCUGUCGACAAAGACGGCCCACUGCAGGGAACUCCUCCGCCCUGUCUCGCUUUACCGAGCCAGCCUACACAGACUCCACCUGGCCGGCCCGCUCACAGCUCACCUGUCUCUCCUGCUCGGAAAAAGAGCAAGUUGUCUCCAACCACACCGGAAGGUCACCAUUCAAAGCCGAAAGCAUGGGCUGGCUGUAUAACUCUCCUGGCCAGAUGCAAAACACACGGAGUGCAGUAUUCGAUUUUAGCUGCUGUGGUGCACCCCUCUCACCUCCAGGAGGUGAAGAUGAAAAGGGGUGCAGCAGCAGGAAGUGCUAUUCCCCUGGCAACGUUGAUAGUCACUGACCAGUCGGAUGUGGAAAUGAAAGUGGUGAUGUGGAGGACCGCUGCCUUCUGGGUACUGACAGUACAGCCAGGAGAUGUGCUGCUAAUCACAGGCAUCAGGGUUCACGAGGACAAGUGGAGGAGGGAAACGGUGUUGCAGUCCUCCUACACAAGCAAACUGCUCAACCUGGGCCAGGUGACCAACAGCCUCUGUUCCUCAGUGCCUCAGGCAGUGAACAGACGGACUCUGGGAGAGCUGUGUGCUCAUCUGCGGGAGAGGCGCCCCCUUCUGCUCUCCCUGCCUCGUUGCAGCCAUCAGGACCUAAGCACAAUUCCCUACGCAAAACUCAAAGCUCUGCGCCCUGAUACCCUAGUCCAUGCUCUUGUCCGGGUCACACACACCAACAUGGUAACAGCCUGGCGGGAUGAGGCCCAGGGGAUCUCCCGGGUGGCUGGAGUUCAGAGAUCAGUGUUGACUGUGGAGCAAGCAGAUGGCCAUCAGGGGGCAGUAGUGCUAUGGGGUGCUGCCCUGGCAUGGCUGGAGCGCAUUCAGAAGCAUAAAGAGGCGCUGUGGGAUUUCCGGAUGCUUCUUGUGAAGCAGGAUGUGACCUCAGGUCUCCUUGAGCUUCAUUCAACUCCCUGGGGCUCCUGCCAGGUUGUCUCUCCCAGUGAUAACCGCUGUGCAGAGUUCCUCAAGCUGGGCCAGAACAACCCAACUAACUCCUGUAUAGAAAUUGACCUACGUACACUACUGUCCCAGAAGUACACAGGUGAUGUGGAGCUUAAAGCACAAAUAACAGGCUUCCAGUUUCAAGGCAGCCCAGCCCAAAACACCUGGCAGGUGAUUAACAGCCAUAUGAGCCUUGAGAGAAUUUUGGAGAUUGUCUCUGGAGACGUGACUUUCACCGGGUGUGGGCGCUGUGCUGUGGAGUUGGACACUGAUGACAAUGGAAUCUACAGGCCCUGCUACCCGUGCCUACCACACACUGCUGUGCGACACUACUACAGGCCAGUGGUACUGACGGUAAAGGAUGGUGAGUUCCAGGUGUAUGUACAGGUGCCUCCCACUCUGGUGCAGAGGGUUCUUCUGAAUACUCCCCCAGAUAAACUGAGCAAGACCGUGGCUCCCUCCUCUGAUGUUAGGCAUGUCCAGGUGGUGGCAGAGAGAAUCCAUUCUCUGUUGGCUACUGCCCACCGCAGCCCUUUUCUCCUGACUGUCCGAAGCCAAAUCCAGUGUGAUGAGAACAGUGUUCCCAUCAUCCAAGACUUUGUCCUGCUGGACUUCAGUCCAGUAAACCCAUGAGCCCCUGUUGUGGAAGCUCUCUGAAUCAUUCCUGGGCACGUAUCCAACUUAAAGAAGGGCAACUGAUGACAAAAGAACUGAGAGAAUCUGCACCUAAACAGAGGUGUGGGAUAAGAUUAUAUUAUAAUUUCAUGAAAUAGUUAGGGUUGAUAGAGUAGCCGCACACUCCUUUCUCUUUAAACUAUUUAUUAACCAACGUUUCAGCAGACAGCCUUUAUCAGGAUUCAAUGUAACUGAUGGCAACCAAUACCUGUGAUUUUGAACACUUGUACUAAUUAUUGUUUUUAUAAAAAUAUUUUUGUAA